UUAUCUUUUUGCUUUUUUGUCAAUCUGCCCCAUUUGCUACCUUAUGGCCCAUAGUAAGCUCUUUUCUUCGACCUUCUCUCCGCAUCAGAACCUCUGGAUCACCGACACUGUCCUCCAAUGUGUUCGCGACGACCUAGGUGACUACGGUACCAUCUCAAAUUGACACGAUCCCAGCCCAGUCACGAUUCCAAUCCGCAGUAUCCAAGACGACCGGCCAUUAGAUAGCCACCAGUCCGGCCCUGUCUCCUUAUCUGCAGAUCUCGACCAUGAUGGCCCCUAUUCGGCAGCCGAGAUGCUCAAGAUCAGACAACAAUCGACUGUUCCCUGAUGGUCCAGGGCAUACGGCACACGGAAUCCACAAGCCACUAACAUCCAAGGGAAGGAAGAUGGCCAAGAUGGAUAGACGAGGAGAUGACAUGUCUUGUCAUUCAGGGAGACGGUCGAUGGUGAUUCGGCUUCCUCUUCCGCUCACAGCCGUCUUGUUGGUAUUCCUGGCGUGAUCUGGGUAUAACGAUCAGAGAUACAGUGCGACCCAUAUGAUGUCGAGUUCGUUUCAGUUCUGAAAGGAGCUAGAGAGUCACCAAGGCAUCCGAAGACUGCACCCCAGACUAGGCAGGCAGUCACACUGCCCACAGUUGCCAUGUGCCAUAAAUGGUGGAUGUCGUAAACCAAACACCUACCGCGCUGCCUUGGGUGGGUGGGGGUGCACUGACUGUAGUUCCCUGCAGAACAUCUGUUGCAUCAAGGAACGAGAGGAACGGCGAUUGCAUCCACGACGACCGUUUGAACCCAUCUGUCGACCGUCGCCCAGUUCACGUCUGUCUUUGUAUACCGAGGUACGCUCUCUCCAAUCGAUAUAAGUAUGCAGGCCAUGCAGACAUACCCUCAGUCCUCAGAGGUUCCCCUAUAUCCACCCCGCCAUGGCCAUCUUUGGAGUCUUCAAGGCCACCAAAGCCCAGUCCCAUGCGUUCGCCGACUCCGCUGCCUAUCCCUCCACCCCCGUCAGCGCUGAGCGCUCGCUUCCUCCUCUCCCUAUGCCCUACAUGCCGUCCGCCUCAUCCAGUACCGUCAAUACUGCGGGCAUCUUAUCGCCCGGUGGCAGGACCACUCCCGUACGCCCUGGGAAGGGCAUGCCGACGCCUACAGGCGCAAGAGCAGACAGCGGGCCCAGUUCGUUCAAUCGCACCCCUAGCGUCAUUUCUCGCGUAAACACAAAGAUGAGGAGCGGCACAUGGUCCUCUACAUCGUCACCCUCGGCAACCCGUCCUCCCUUUCUUCGAGGCAAUAACUCGUCCUCAUCCCUCACAACACCUACCAAGUCUAUCUCCCGAGCUCCGAAAGCUCUCCUGGCAACGCCCACUAGUGCCUCGCAGGCGCCACUACCUCCACCCAGCUAUGCGCUCCCUCCCACGCCAGAAGCGUCGCCCCAGAAAGGCAUCUCUACAAUAUUCGAGUCCAGGGGCGCGUCGGCCACCAUUUCACAUCGCGGUUCAUUCAAAAAUCCUUCUAGAGGCGGCGGUCGCAUGUCCAAUCCUCGGACGACGCGGUAUGCAAGCGGCUCGAGCGAUGUCUCUUCAAACAUCUCGAAUGCCUCAUCCACUUCGAGUGGUAAUGGACGUCUUCAGCGGGUGCUCAGUGGCCGCCGUACUUCCACCUCCAUCUCCACCUCACGACCUGCCCAGCUCGACGCGUAUGACGGUCCUGUCCUCGAGAUCAAUGCAGAGCCUUCUCGAACCUCCAAAGAUGGUCGCAAGUCAGCAGAGGGUAAACGCCGGCCGACGGCGCUGAAGCUGAGGACGAGCAACCUCACGCCAGAGCCCUCGCCACCAGCAGGGAAGGGCGAGGACGUCGAUCCUUCUAUUGCUGCCUUGCCACCUUCUGCCAAGCCAUCACGUAUUACCGACAUCGGUACUUCUGCCCUCGCCCCGCCUCUCAUGUCUCCCGCGAAAGCUUUAUCCACUUUGGGGACGAUGCUCAGCGCUCGGGACCCCGAGCCGUCCCAGAACAGCAAUCGCACCGUCAGGCCGGAGGACAGCAGUAGUCCGCCCGUGUGGCAAAAGUCUUUCGACCUUGUCGAGCCUCAGCUCAAGCCUCUCAGACUUCUCGAGAGAAGACGGUCCAAGUCUACAGGAGACGCCAUCGAGUUUAUGCGCAUCGGCCGGUUGCAGAGAGAUUUAGGAGGAGGCUUGACACCAAGUUCGUCAGCCUUGCAUCGACUGUCACCGAGCAAGAGUGGCGGGCUGUCACCAAAGAAGACUACAGGUAGAGAUGAAGCCAAAGACAAGUCGGUCUCGACUCCUGCUUCCGCUCUCACCAUCGAUGGGGAUGCUCCCCACUCACGACCCCCUUCACCAUCACCGUUCCUCAACCUUCCUCUUCCUUGGUCGACGGUCGACCUGCCCACCAUCACUGCCGACUUGGGUCUCACCAACAUCAGUUCCCUGGUCAACUACACGGUCAAUCAACUCGACACUUCUUCUCCUCAUCUCCUCCCGCCUGCUAUACUGAAGAAUUGUGCCUCAGAGGAAGGCCGUCUACGAGCAGAGCUCGAGAGGUUACGCGAAAAGUAUGACACACUUGCCUACCAUCGCGGGUCCCUCCAGCAGCAGAUCGAGAACUCAGUUCUCAAGGUUGAGCAGACCAAGCUUCACAAGAUGGUGCAAGCUCUUCGCAAAGUGACCGCUCGGUGCGAUAGGGUGGCGAGGCAGAUCUUCAUCUGCAAUGACCAGAUCAGGCAGAUAGAGAUACAGGGACAAGAGCAUGUUGUUGGCGCGCUAAGAGUCAAGCUGAAUGAGGUGGAGAGACAGGCAUACGGGUUGAAGCCCGGUGGCAGCCAUCUUUCGCCUGCGUCUGGUUCGUCUAGCUCUGAGAGCGCGGCAACUCCUACGCCUACGCAUACAUCGACGUCAAAAAACUUUCUCGAUGAUGUCUACUACCAGUCGCUCGAGCCCGUUACCCCUUCAUCCAAGAAAUACGGUGGCAACGAGUCUCGACGUACCUCUCAAGCGACCAUGAUCUCUUUGAACCGCUUGACGUUCCCUGUUCCACCGGACCGUAUCCGUACCUUGUCGACUGCUGCGGACGAUAUGGAGCAGCUGGAUGACAAAAUUGGCUGGCAAGGGAGUUUGAAGAUUGAGAUUGAGGACAUGGUAGAUGACGGGGCUUCCAGCCAUGAUUUAGACUCGGCUCCUUCUCCCACGUUGACCGACGGCUACAUGGCGAGCCAAGACGGCCAUACCAUCCUCAUCCUCCCCCCUACCGCUCAUAUGCGGUCGUCUUCGGCACCCGACUGGCCAGUCACAUCAAGGAUUGAAAGCGGGGAUAACGCAGGGCCGUAUGAUAUGGCAUCACCUUCCUUCCAUAGUGCAUCUGCACCCUAUCUAUUACAGCCUCAUUCGCCACUUGGUGCUGCUGGGCGUCACGGUAGAGCUUUCUCCGACUCGUCGAAUCAUCCACAAACCACUUCAGCACCCCUUUCGCCCACGGCUAUGCAGCAAAUGGACACGGCGCCGUUAAAUCUGGACAUUCCAGGUAUGGGAAAGUUGGUCAAAGGAAGGGGGACAAGGAUGACGAAGAGUAUGAGCGCCAAAGGUGAGGGGCUGAAGAAGCUCAGGAAGGGAAGAGAGAGUAUGUUGGAUACUCCCGAGUCUAUAUUGUGGAGCCUUGCCACAGCGCCCAUGUGGACCAAGCAGGAGCUGGACAGUCAAUGAUAUGUGAUGUUGUAGAAGCGCGUCAUUUCGUAUCGACCCCGUGUCGGAUA